AGGCCAGGGAGUGACAGGCCCUUUCUCCUGUGCGGAGCUGGACCUAGGAAGGGUGUGGGCCUGAAUGCAGGGGGCAACCGCUUCUGGCUUGACAGGAUUCAUGGCACUCUGGCGCGCAUACCAGCGGGUCCUGACUGCGCACCCGUGGAAAGUACAGGUCCUGACCGCCGGGCUGCUGAUGGGCCUGGGGGAUGUCAUCUCCCAGCAGCUGGUGGAGAAGCGAGGUCUGCGAGAGCACCAGACUGCUCGGACUCUGACCAUGGCCUCUCUGGGCAGUGGCUUUGUGGGUCCGGUAAUAGGAAGCUGGUACAGGGUUUUGGACCGGUUCAUCCCUGGCACCAGCAAGGUGGCUGCGCUAAAGAAGAUGGCGUUGGAUCAGGGGGGCUUUGCCCCGUGUUUUCUCGGCUGCUUCCUCCCACUAGUAGGGGCUGCCAGUGGGCUGUCAGCCAAGGACAACUGGGCCAAACUGCAGCGGGAUUAUCCUGAUGCCCUCGUCACCAACUACUAUGUAAGAGCUGACACCUCAACUGCCUCUUCUUCUGCUUUCUUGAGUCCAGAGCUCUGGCCUGCUGUGCAGUUAGCCAACUUCUACCUGGUCCCCCUCCAUUACAGGUUGCCUGUUGUCCAGUGUGUUGCUGUUAUCUGGAACACUUACCUGUCCUGGAAGUCACAUCGGUCCUAAGCCUGCCUGCCUCCCUUGUUUCCGCCUUGCAGUGAUGUAGCUUACCCCUGGAAUGGCCAGGCAACCUCCUCAAAGUGUGCUUAUUAGUUUUCAUUGGUAGCUUGUCAAAAAUUAAUGGGUUAGCACUUUGAAAUGGCUCAUCUCACCCUUAAAUGUAACCUGAUUCCUUUCAAAGUCACUGAAACCUUUAUAAUGGUCUUAAGCCCAGCACAUAGUGGGUACUCCAAAAAUACUGGUUGAACAGUAUGACUUAUCAACUUUAGUUUAUUGCCUCUCAUCCUUACUCUUCAUAGACCCAUUUGUUUCUCUAACUCUUCCCAGCCCUGGCUCUAGCUUUUGGGAAACUGUCCCUCAAACUUUUUGAUUGGCACCUCCAUAAAUAAUAAAUACAUAAUCUAGAGCUUGCAGAGGCAUAGUAAAACCCAGCAGAAAACUGUUGGGGAAUCAAAACUUCUAAAGCUGGGGAAAAAACCUCCAAGGAGCUAGGCAAAAGAGUUCACCAAGCCCAGUCCACUUUUCAAAUGAGGAUGGUGAGGUCCACAGAAGUGAGGUGACCUGUCCACAUUGCUGGUUAGUGGCAGGUAGAAAGUUGAACGCAGGUCAACACCCUCUCCCCGCCAGUGUUCGCAACCUCAUGUCCGAAGUGAUGGCGUUUGGAGUGGGACCUUUGGGAAGUGAGUAGGUCGGGAGCAAGGCCCUCAUGGGGUUGCUGCCUCCACGAGAAACCCCAGAGAGCACCCUCCCCCCUGCUACCCUGUGAGUCACCAGCCAUGAACUGGGAAAGUGGGUCUUCAGCAGACACCGACCCCACUGCUGCCAUGGUCUGGGGCUUCCCAACCUCUGGAACUGAGAAAUAAAUGUAUGUUGCUAUAUAUAAGCCACCCAGAUUAUGGUGUUUUUGCUCAAAUGGACUAAGACACGAAAUUUCCUUCCUACCUAGUGGUCUUAAUCUAGAGGGUGAAAUGUGUAAUAAUUCUGCUGCAGUGGUUCCCAGGAGAGAACUAACUUGGCUAGGCUACCACUUUGGGGCAGACUCAAGCAGAUGGCUUAGCCUUUUUAUGGUCUGUAAGCACCCUGAGGGCAGAGAC